AAUGGUAUAGGUAGUAAACACAUGGUUAGCGGAGCAUUCAAUCUGCAACUCUCCUCGAACGCAUCGAUCCUUCUUUCAUUUUUAAUGUCUUCCCUCCAAUUCUUCACCUGCAAAACCUGACUUGAAAACAACUCCAUUUCUUGAAGGUUUGAUUUACUGAGCUUUGCAUUUAGCCAUGGAUGCUUUGAUCCAGUGCAGAUCAUUCUGCUCUCCAUCAGAUUUGUUCAAAAGUGGGGCAAGAGGAAUCAUAAGUUCAAGAUGCAGCUUUCUGGGUGGGAACCUUGUAACAUUUCUUAGACCGACAGCUACCGUAACUAGCAAAUUCAAGAAAUGUGGGGGAGCAUUAAAUGCUACAUGUCGAGAUGAGAAAAUCCUCGUGGCCAAUAGGGGUGAAAUUGCAGUGCGUGUUAUCCGCACUGCCCACGAGAUGGGUAUUCCAUGCGUUGCUGUUUACUCGACAAUAGACCAGGAUGCACUUCAUGUCAGGCUUGCAGAUGAGGCAGUUUGCAUUGGGGAAGCACCAAGUAACCAAUCGUAUCUGUUCAUUCCAAAUGUUCUAUCUGCUGCUGUUAGCCGUGAUUGCACGAUGUUGCAUCCUGGAUACGGUUUCCUCUCUGAAAAUGCAACUUUUGUUGAUAUCUGUAGAGACCAUGGUAUCAAUUUCAUUGGACCCAAUCCAGAUAGCAUCCGUGUUAUGGGUGACAAAGCUACUGCUAGGGAAACAAUGAAGAAAGCUGGUGUUCCAACCGUUCCAGGAAGUGAUGGAUUGCUACAGACAACAGAGGAGGCUGUCAGGCUUGCUCAUGAGAUUGGUUUUCCUGUUAUGAUAAAGGCAACUGCUGGUGGUGGAGGACGUGGAAUGCGUCUGGCUAAUGAACCAGAUGAAUUUGUGAAGUUGUUGCAGCAAGCCAAGAGUGAGGCUGCUGCCGCAUUUGGAAAUGAUGGUGUUUAUUUAGAAAAAUACAUUAAAAAUCCCCGUCACAUUGAGUUUCAGGUUCUGGCAGAUAAGCAUGGCAAUGUUGUCCAUUUUGGUGAACGAGAUUGCAGCAUUCAGCGAAGGAAUCAGAAACUUUUAGAGGAAGCUCCCUCCCCAGCAUUGACCCCAGAACUUAGAAAAGCUAUGGGUGAUGCUGCUGUGGCAGCUGCUGCAUCUAUAGGUUAUAUAGGUGUUGGAACGGUUGAGUUCCUCUUGGAUGAAAGGGGUUCGUUUUACUUUAUGGAAAUGAACACCAGGAUACAGGUGGAACAUCCAGUCACAGAAAUGAUCUCUUCUACGGAUUUGAUCGAGGAACAAAUUCGUGUAGCACUUGGAGAGAAGCUUCAAUAUAAACAGGAAGAUAUUGUACUUAGAGGGCAUUCUAUCGAGUGCCGUAUCAAUGCAGAGGAUGCGUUCAAAGGAUUCCGACCUGGGCCUGGAAGGAUAACAGCAUACUUGCCAUCAGGAGGGCCAUUUGUUAGAAUGGACAGUCAUAUUUAUCCAGAUUACGUGGUUCCUCCUAGCUAUGAUUCACUUCUUGGAAAGCUCAUUGUUUGGGCCCCGACCCGAGAGAAAGCAAUUGAACGUAUGAAGAGGGCUCUUGCGGACACUGUUAUAACAGGAAUUCCAACAACCAUUGAUUACCAUAAACUCAUCCUUGAGAUUGAGGAUUUCAAGGAUGGAAAAAUCGACACGGCAUUCAUUCCAAAGCAUGAAAAGGAUUUGGCAGCGCCACAACAACUCGUCCCCUUCACCUUCCCAGCAAAAGAAAUGGCUGGGGUCAAUGCUUGACCUGGAAAAUUUGCAGCAAAUUUGAGAGUUUGAAGUAGUCGAGGAUGCUUCAGGGCAGCAAUUUUUGAUGCAAAAAUAAUCUUUUUAAGCACAUGAUUUGUGAUGGAUUCGUUCUCUAUCACUCGCUAGAGUAAUUAUUUUCAAGUUUUAGAUUUCUUUUCCCCUGGUUCAGUACAUGUUGUGAUGUUCAAAGGGUGAAAAGCUUUGGGUAACAUGUGUUGGAUGCAGGCCUUAUUUGUGAACUCUUGCUUCAUUGUAAGUUAAAUUAUGAGGUGGGAAUUUUCAUGGAUCCAAAUAUUGUGCUUGAGAGAGACAAUGAAAGAGAAUCAAAUUCUACACCAGUUCAA